UGAACCAUGAGGUGGCCCUAGUUGAACUGUUGAAGGCUAGGGAAUCGGAAUUGAAGUAAUUUCAUAGGUUUUGUGUUCGGAGUGCGUAGUAUCGUCGUCGGCAACAUUGAACUUCGUCGAAUUACCCCCUCCUCUCGCUUCUCAGAGGUCGCCUCUGGUUGAUUGUUUUGAUCAUGGUGAGGGGAAAAUUCAAGUCGAAGCCAACGGGUCGCAGGCUGUUUUCCACGCCGGAAGAGAUGGCGGCUGGAACAUCAGCUCGUCCUCGCACCUUUAGAAAGGAGCAAGAAGAGCAAGAGAAACGAGAAGAAGAGGAAUCUGAACAGGAAUCUGAAGAGGAUUCUGAUGAAGAUAGUGAAAAACGCAAAGGUACUGAAGGUCUCAUUGAAAUCCAGAACCCAAACUUGGUAAAAUCCAAGAAUGUGAAAGCUAAAGAUGUCAGUUUUGAGAAGACAUCGGAGCUCUCAAGGCGUGAAAGGGAGGAGAUAGAGAAGCAAAAAGCUCACGAGCGAUACAUGAGGCUCCAGGAACAAGGAAAAACUGAGCAAGCUAGAAAAGAUCUCGAUCGACUGGCCAUGAUUCGACAGCAACGUGAAGAAGCUGCCAAGAAGCGCGAAGAGGAGAAGGCUGCUAAAGAGCAGAAAAAGCUGGAGGCUCGCAAGUGAGAUCAACAAUCCAUUGGAAGAAUAAGGAGUCAGAUUCUUCUUCUUCUUAGAAUUUAAUUUAUUGUCAGCUGUAUACAAUAUAAAUUUUGAUUGCUUAA